AUGGACUUCGCUACAUUCUCAGAUGGCUCGCGCAAACAGUGGGCGAGCAUAUUAGCGGAACCCAAAGCGCAUGAACAUCGGGCCUUGCGUGCUCUCAUAUCCCUCCUCGACUUGCCUUUGGAAACGUUACUCAUGAUCCUUGAAGCAAGCAGCCCAGCUUGCCUUAUCGUCAUGGGACAGACCUGUCGCACCUUCCGACAUCAUCUCGCUACCAGGCCAGGCAUCUGGGCCAGGGCACGGGCGUGCAUUGGCGCUCCUGCACCUGCGACUCUAAUCGGACAUUCUUUGGCUGCAAUGGAGAAAGCUUGGGCCACAGAGCUGUUCGUCGGGGCGCUGGACGCCUGCGCUGUGGUCCCGCCCCAAUGGCUGCAGCAGUACUCGGAGAUUUGGAACAUCAAGGAAAGAGAGAAUAGGCUACGUGUCAAGCAGUUCCUUCGGGAGCCGCCUUUCGCGGCCUUGCAGAAGACCCCGGUGACUUUUCAGGAGAUCAUGCGCACGCCAACCUGUCAGAAGCUCGUUCAUGCUUUCCGAAGAGACCUCCGGGUGGUUGACCUCGCAUCUUGGACCCUUGCUCUACCAUUCAUGCUGCGAGAGCUUGGGCUGAUAGCCUCCUGCACUCCGUCUUCCGUGCCGCGCGCAUUCAGAUUUCACGACCUCGACAGAAUCAUCUGCCCCGUUUGCUACCCCUUCUCCGACGCCUUUCGCCUUAGCAUGGACCAUCUACCCUGCCGCGAGUCAAAGAAGCGUUGGUUUGCCGCAAACACUGUUAAUGUGGAGUCGCUCAACUCCCAUUUCUUCGAAAAACACUCUGAACUCUUGUUUGGCCACGAUUGUGGACAGGGUCUCGACAUCAUCCCCCAAAUUCCGUUAUACACGUACUGCACAACAUGUUUGCACGCCUCGGAUCCCAGCAUCCGGUACCAGGCAUCGCGCAAACCGUUUACCUCGCGCGGACUGAUAUGGCACGAACGAGACUAUCACGGCCCUGUCAAUCCGGGCGUCAUCUACGAAUGGUUCAUGCCUCAGAUGUGGGGGACACAGAAAUCAGCCCGCAAUCUGCACACCAUCAGCUGGUAUGACAAGUACGCGUGUUCAGUCUGA